AUGGCAUCCACAGAAUCCAUCUCCAGCAUCCCCAUCGUGGACUUUUCCAAAUGGAACAUAAUCGAUACAGCCUGUCAGCAAGUCGCACAGGAAAUUGUCACCGCUUGCAAGAAGGUGGGGUUUGUGUACAUCACCAACCACUCACUACCAGAGACAAUGUUAGACGAAGCAUUCCACUGGUCAAAGCGAUUCUUCAAGCUGGCACAGGAUAAAAAACUCAAGGCGCCUCAUCCGCCAGGUUGGGAUGUACACCGGGGGUACUCGUGGCCCGGGCUGGAGAAGGUGUCACAGGCUAUGAGUGGUAGGGAUGAUGGAGAUGUGUCUGGACAGUUGAGGGAGAUACCGGAUAUCAAAGAAAGCUAUGACAUAGGCAGCGAUGAAAACAAACCCCAACCAAACCAAUGGCUACCAGAAGAAGUACUGCCAGGAUUCAAAGAGUUUAUGCUACGCUUCUACUGGAAAUGCUCCCUCGUGGGAGGCGAGAUCUUGCAAGCACUCGCCAUAGGUCUGGACCUAGACCAGAAUCACCUCCUAGCCAAACAUUCAGGCCACAAUAAUCAACUCCGUCUCCUACACUAUCCACCAAUCCCAGCUGAAAAACUCGAAUCAAACCGCGCAACUAGAUGUCCUGCUCAUACAGACUGGAGCUCGGUGCAUGCUGACUCGAGUAUAGAUACCCUUCGGUCUACGAAUCAUCGAGUCACUUUGCCGCCUCUUGAAGAUAGGUUUGAGGGUGUACAACGUAUGACUCGGAGGAGGUUUUCUAUUCCUUAUUUUAUGGCGCCGGAUCCUGAUGAGGUUAUUGAGUGUAUUCCUUCUUGUAUGCGGGAUGGUUUGCCUGCUAAGUAUCGGCCUAUUACUCAGGCUGGGUAUAACCAGAUGAGGGCUUCUAUGCAGUAUUAG